AUGGCAGCGGCGUACCAGGCUAGUGGUCCUGUGACUAGCACCAUCACUACUAAUGGUCCUGUGACUAGCACCAUCACUACUAGUGGUCCUGUGACUAGCACCAUCACUACUAGUGGUCCUGUGACUAGCACCAUCACUACUAGUGGUCCUGUGACUAGCACCAUCACUACUAGUGGUCCUGUGACUAGCACCAUCACUACUAGUGGUCCUGUGACUAGCACCAUCACUACUAGUGGUCCUGUGACUAGCACCAUCACUACUAGUGGUCCUGUGACUAGCACCGUCACUACUAGUGGUCCUGUGACUAGCACCAUCACUACUAAUGGUCCUGUGACUAGCACCAUCACUACUAGUGGUCCUGUGACUAGCACCAUCACUACUAAUGGUCCUGUGACUAGCACCAUCACUACUAGUGGUCCUGUGACUAGCACCAUCACUACUAAUGGUCCUGUGACUAGCACCAUCACUACUAGUGGUCCUGUGACUAGCACCAUCACUACUAAUGGUCCUGUGACUAGCACCAUCACUACUAGUGGUCCUGUGACUAGCACCAUCACUACUAAUGGUCCUGUGACUAGCACCAUCACUACUAGUGGUCCUGUGACUAGCAUGACUACUAGUGGUCCUGUGACUAGCACCAUCACUACUAGUGGCCCUGUGACUAGCACCAUCACUACUAAUGGUCCUGUGACUAGCACCAUCACUACUAGUGGUCCUGUGACUAGCACCAUCACUACUAGUGGUCCUGUGACUAGCACCAUCACUACUAGUGAUCCUGUGACUAGCACCAUCACUACUAGUGGUCCUGUGACUAGCACCAUCACUACUAGUGGUCCUGUGACUAGCACCAUCACUACUAGUGGUCCUGUGACUAGCACCAUCACUACUAGUAGCAGGAAGUGA